CCGGAUGUUGUUCUUUCUCGUUGGACUCACGUGGCCCUCACUUUAAACAGUUGUGUACUUUCCUGGUUAAAAAAUGGAAAACAAAAAAUAAAGAAAGGACAAGAGAGAACAAAACGCAUGUUCGGGCAUCUCGUAUUCACGACGAAGAAACCUCAUGAAAUAAUUACAAUCUAGUACUUUCUUGGUAAGAUGUAACACAUCCGUUUGUUAUCUAGCAAGCCAACUUUCGGACAAUGCAAGGAUUCAUCGACUGCCACUGUCACCUGUCAGCUCCAGAAUUUCAACAUGAUAUUGAAGAUGUUUUACAAAGAGCCCAAAAGGAAGGAAUAUUUGCUUUGCUUGCUGUUGCAGAGCACGCUGGAGAAUUUGAAAGGAUAAUAGAGCUUUCAAAAAGAUUUCCUGGUUUUGUCCUGCCCUGUUUAGGGGUUCACCCAGUUCAGGGUGUCUUACCUGAAGAUCAAAGAAGUGCCACGCUAGAGGACUUGGAUGCUGCAAGUCCCCUUAUACAAAAAUAUGCAGGUCACUUGGUAGCCAUUGGGGAGGUGGGACUGGAUUUCACUCCUCGAUUUGCUGGCACUGAUUCCCAAAAAGACGCACAGCGGCAGGUUUUGAUUCACCAGAUUGAAAUUGCUAAAUGCUACGAUUUACCUUUAAAUGUGCAUUCAAGAUCUGCUGGGAGGCCCACUAUAAAUCUUUUAAAGGAGAAAGGUGCAGAGAAAGUUUUGCUGCAUGCUUUUGACGGGAAGCCUUCUGUGGCUCUGGAAGGAGUGAAAGCUGGCUACUACUUCUCUAUCCCUCCAUCAAUUAUUAGAAGUGAACAGAAGCAAAAACUAGUCAAACAACUGCCAUUGGAGUCCUUGUGCCUUGAAACGGAUUCACCAGCACUUGGUCCUGAAAAACAGGUACGGAAUGAGCCACACAACAUUACUAUCUCUGCGAAAUAUAUUGCAGAUGUAAAAGGGGUCUCGCUGGAAAAAGUGAUGGAAAUGACAACACAGAAUGCAUUAAAACUUUUCCCAAAGAUUCAAAAACUUGUACAUCUAUAAAUGGAAAGCCAUUGGUUUAGGACACUCUUGACAUGAAAACUAUCUGUGCAAACCCUGUAAAUACAUUGGAAAAGAAAUAAAAGAA